CCCAGUUCUCCACUCUCCCAAUGACUCAUCCUAAUCAAAUUAAAUUCCUUCAAAAUGACCUUCACAAUUCGCUACGCCACCGAGCAAGACGCUCCCCACCUUGCCAACAUCAACGUAGUCAGCUUCAACCACCAGGCAUCUUGGGCCGCGCUUUUCCCAAACGUCGACGUGCCCGGAACUCUGCCCCUCAAAACAGCCCGUUGUCUAGAUAAGCUCAGGUCGCCGCAAGUGCAUGUCGUGGCUGCGGUUGAUGAUGACUCGGGCAAAAUCAUCGGAUAUUCUCGAUGGCUGUUUCCCAAGGAUUAUGAAACGAGCGUUGUCGAUUUGUCCUCCGAGGGCGUUGAUGCACUAGCGGCUCAUGAAGAUGGGAAAGCGUACCCAGAGGGUAUCAACAUGGGAAUCUAUCAAGCAUUCAAGGACCUUUUGGCUGAGAUGCACCGGUUACAUUUUGAGGAGGGGGAUAUCAUGCUGGAAUUCCUCGCUACUUUGCCGGAAGCUCAAGGCAAGGGUGUCGGAACGGCUUUGCUGCAAUGGGGCAUUGAGCGUGCUGAUGCGAUGAAUGCUAGAGUGUAUUUGGAGGCCACCGAGGAUGGGUAUCCGCUUUAUUGGAAGCAUGGGUGGCGGGAUUUGCAGGUAGCGAGGUUGGACUUUACGGAGUAUGGGAGCACAGGAUCACAGGAGUGGGUUGUUAUGCGGAGGGAUAGGAGGGUGCCGGUUGCUGAAUGAGAAGGUUUUGUUUCAAGUUUGUUUCGUGUUCUGGUUGGACUGUUGACGUAUGAGAUUAUGCAUAUAAUGGGUUUUAGGCAUUAAGGGUAGAUUAAUGGAUGAUCACUCUAUAUAUAGAGCUACUAUAGAAGACAGCCUCAAGAUAAACUCAACUAAACACCAGCUGUAUACUAGUG